GGAGGGUUUAAGGUGUGGGCUUGUUCCUAUUCUGAGAAGCAGCGUUGCAACGGUCCAAUUCAGGAUUAAUUUGGCGGUGAUCUUUCAUUGAUGCCAGUGCAACACAACUCGAAGUUGUUCGAGAAAUGUGACUGAAAGCUUCCCAUAGAACCAGUACUUUUAUAAAUUCUGCGGGCAUGCUGUUAUUUGGAGACGUAUCGGGCGGCACUGCAGGAUGGCUGCAGGUUUCCCUCUGGUGAUGAACUGCAGUACUUCAGCACGCACGAUGCCAAGCAAAGGAAAAUGGUGAGCUGAAAACACUGAACUGCAUACCUUGCAAUAUGGAAAGUACACUGAACUGCAGUGCUGUCUGCAGCAUUGCGCACUGCACCAUUGAUCCAGGCCUGAGGACAGAAGAUGGAAUGCAACUUCUACAGCAACUGUGUAAACUCCAAGUAAAUAUAAUGCCUGAAGCUGAACAUGUCUCCCCUGUAUUACUUGGAAUGAUGGGCACCUUGUUAUCAUGUGGAAUUCUCCUGGCUCUCUUUUUUCUCCUCUUCACCAUCAAAUUCAAAAAUAAUAGGAUUGUGAAAAUGUCCAGCCCAAACCUCAACAUUGUAACAAUUAUUGGAAGUGUUUUUACUUACGUCAGUGGUUACCUGUUCGGGCUGAAGGAAGAAAGAACAGCUACAGCAGAAAUAUCAAUCAAGCUGAUCUUUCAGAUUCGCAUAUGGGCACUGUGCAUAGGAACCUCUUUGAUAUUUGGACCCAUACUGGGGAAGACCUGGCGCCUCUACAAAGUUUUCACACAACGAAUCCCCGAGAAGAGAAUGAUCAUCAAAGACAUUCAAUUAUUGAGGAUGGUAGCUGGAGUAAUUGGCUUGGAUAUACUGGUUCUGGUGACAUGGGGCAUUGCUGAUCCACUGGAGUGUAUGCAAUCCUUAAAUGCAGAAAUGAGGGCAAUUGAAAAAGAUCUUUCUUACUCUGUCACAAUGAUGAAAUGUUGUGUUUCUCAUUACACUGACAUCUGGAUUAUUCUCAUUUCACUUCUAAAGGGAAGUCUUUUACUAUAUGGUACAUAUCUAGCUGGUUUAACUAGCAACGUCAGCUCUCCCCCUGUAAACCAAACCAUCACCAUCAUGGUGGGAGUUUACUUGGUCGUGUUCACCACAGGAAUAAUCAUUCCCAUGAUCAGAUUCUUGGAUUCCUGGCCCAACCUAACCUAUGGUAUCACUGCAGGUGGAAUCUUUGUCUGUACCUCAACAAUCAACUGUCUCAUCUUCAUUCCACAGGUCAGACAGCGGAAGAAAUUUGAUGAAGAAUUGAACCAUACACCUAAUCAAAUGUCUAAAUAUUUCAAUAGUCCAAGCAAGAUUUUUCAUUCCAUGUACAGUGAUGAGCAGAUCUAUCACCUGCUUGGAGAGAAUAACUCCAUGAAGCGUCUUCUCACUGAGAAAAACGCAACAAUUCAAUGUUUGCAGGAGCAGGUUAAUAAUGUGAAGGAAAGGCUGAUGUAUUUAAUGGCACCAGAAUGCAUUGAUGAGUUUAGAGAUCCUACUUCACAAUCCAGCCCAGCUUGCUGCCCUUUGAUAAAUUCUGAGGUCAAGUGUCCCAACACAACAGAAGAUCCACUUAAUGAGGAGCCUUUGUCAGACAUACAGAACAAUCAAGAUCACAGCUCUGGAUUACAGCCAGGCAUUAAAGCUGUAUCACUGCAGAGUAAUUUGGGACAAAUCUUACAUGACACCAAGAUGAGCCCGGAAACAGUUGUGCAUUCUCAGAAGGGGCUAGAAAUCUUAGCAGAUCCUCAAGGUUUUUAUCAAGAAACUAAGAACCAUCCAGGACAGCCAGCAAAUUCUGAGAACCUUACAGGAUCUUUCCAAAAGUCACUUGAUGCCUUGAAAAUAAAAUCAGAAAUUCAGAGCAAUCUGGACAACCAUGUGAAAAUCAUCCAGGAUCCCACAAGUGAAAUGCUAACCUCUUCUACAGUCCAACCAUCAAUUAAAGCUGGGUCAGUUGUAAAGCCUUCUAUAGAGGAUCCAAUAAAAGAGAUCACAACCAAAUUUGUGAACAGUGAGAAGCUUCAAGAGAUUCUGCAAGAAUUGAAUGUUAAUGCUAUUAAUACAACCCAUUCACCAGAUAGAGCAAGACGAAUCCUACGAGCCCAGAACCUUAAACAGCAUGGUGGAACAACAGAGUUGUUGAAACGUCACUGUCAUAACAUUUCUCCAUUUCUGACGAGACAAAGAAGACCACCUAUUUAUUCAAUAAGGGGUAUACCCCCUCCAUAUUAUUUCCAACAUUCAACAGCUCGACAUACAAAGUAUAUCAAUGAAGAAUCAAAUAGGGAUACAAUAAAGUCACUAACUACCGACUACAGUCAAUUUCAAAGGACUCACCAUAAAAUAUUCACAGAUGAAAAUGAGUCCAGCUGUCUAUCAACUUUACAGUCAGGGAAGAUGAUGCAAAUGCAGCGUAAUGGCUAUAAAACACCUCAGAAAAUAGAGCAAAGAGAUGGAUAUAUCCACUCCCUGACCUCAGAAGGAGAAUGUAUUGUCAAUUCCUAUUCAGGCCUGAAAGAACACUUAUCCUCCAAAGAAACUCAAAUAGUUGGUGUAGAGGGAUCUUCUGAAAUAUACCGGUAUGAUUAUUCAGACUCAGAAUCAGAUAGCUCGGAUGAAACAUUAUGCUAUUACCACAGGUCAUGUUGUGAAGUGUGUUGUCAAGGCUCUUGCAAUUCUAGUACUACAGAAACUUCAGACAGUGAGGAAUAUAAUGCAUCAUUCAAUUGGUCACAAAAAUAUUUUCAUAAUCAUCCAAUUGUUAAUUUUAAAGAGGACUUAAAACCCACUUUUGUUUGAUCUUUUCAAAAGUCUUAAGAUGUUUUCAAACUCACCAAUUUGUUGUCAGCUGUUUUUCAAAAGGAUGGUCUUGCUUUGUUGAAAUACUUAAUUUAUUUUGUUUCCUAUAAUUAAUAUAAUUAUAGUAAGGUCAUUCCAUUGGGAUUUCUGGUUAGCAGUACAUUUUUUAUUGCAUAAAGGUCAAUCAGGAGGGUUAUUUUCUCUGUACAUUAAUUUUGAUACAUGCAAAUGAGAUACAUAACAGCAAUCCAAAACAUUUAUUACAGCAAGUGUAAAUAUAUCUCCCAGCUCAAAUACUCCCACCACUUAAAUAUUUUGAAAUCCAAACUGCUUUGCAUCUGAAAAGGAGAGCUCAUUUAACUUGGCAGUACAGCCACCAAGUUUCAUUGGAUUUCAAGCAUCAAUUCAGCCAGCAUUACUUUAGUUAAAGAAAAAUAAAAGCAGGACAAGAAACAUUAAUUCCAUAAGUUUUAAGACGUGUAAUUUAAAUGUUCCACCUUUGUGUACACAUAUAAUUACAAAUUCCCUCUAAAGUUGUUUGCCUACUGAGUACAGAGAAAAUGGAACACUGAAUUAUCCUAAUUUAUGGCGAUAUGGAUGUAAAACUCCACAAAAGCCAUGUGUCCAAAGUAUUGUGUUUCUAUAUUAUACAUGUAUAUUAAUUUGUUUUGUUUGAAGUGUAAUCUAAAAUUUAGAGGAGACUUUAAAAUGUUUGUUUCGAAUAUAGCAGUAUGUUUUCUUCCCUAUAAAUAGACUGAUAUCCUCUAUUUAUGAAUUGUAACCAUCAGAUUGAGGCUAGGAUCUUUGAAUUAUUGAUCAAAAAUAUUUGUCCCAGCUGUUCACCUAGAGUUCUCUAC